AGCCCGUGUGCCAGUGUGUGACAGAUCUCUGCUGAAGCAUCAUGGGAAACUCCUCCAGCAUGUCAGUGAAGGAGCUGAGCGCAUGUCAUUCCCAUCAGUGGUACCGCAAGUUCAUGACCGAGUGUCCGUCCGGUCAGCUCACCUUCUACGAGUUCAAGAAGUUCUUCGGCCUGAAGAAUCUGUCAGAAACAUCCAAUGAGUACGUCAAGACCAUGUUCAAGACGUUCGACAUAAACGACGACGGCUGCAUUGAUUUCAUGGAGUAUGUGGCGGCUCUGAGUUUGGUUCUGAAGGGUGGCGUUCAGCAGAAACUGCGCUGGUACUUCAAGCUGUUCGACGUGGACGGCAGCGGCUGCAUCGACCGCGAGGAGCUGCUGCUCAUCUUCAAGGCCAUUGAAGCCAUUAACGGAGUAGAGCAGGAGUUUUCCGCGGAGGAGUUGACCGACAUGGUGUUUAACAAGAUCGACGUUAACGGAGACGGCGAGCUGUCUCUGGAUGAGUUCAUCGAGGGCAUCCAGGCGGACGAGGUUCUGUCGGUGAUGCUGGACAGGAGUUUCAUUUUUAGAUGA